AUGUGGGAAGACUGGAGUGGGGUGAGGGGAAGGUCCAUACAACACCCAACCACCGGAGGCCAAAUCGAUUGGGACAAACAGCCAACAAGCAGCAACAUCAACCCCCUGGGGAGAGGGAGACAGAGCUUUAGGAGCUGCAAAGGUCCUCAGAGACCAGUUGGUGCAGCUUUCUCCCUAUACAAACAAAGCGAGGCCCGGAGUUUACUGGCCGAGAGCCCAGGGACCCCCAUUGUCCAGAGGAGCGCACCGGGUUCAGGAUCAUUUCAUAGAAGGGGGCCUGUCGGGGCUUGCCCCCCCCCACAGACCCCCGCGAGUGAAAGAGACUGUAGGGAUCCCCCUCACCCGGCCCCUCACUUCUCAGAGGCGGGGGACUCCGAGUCCAGGGAGGGGGAGGGGGAGGGGGAGAGGAGGGGCCCCGGCCCCGAGCCAGAGAAGGAGGCCCCGGGGGCCAUCCCAGGACCCCAGCCAGGGAGGGUGGACACGUUUUCUGCCGAGGCCCGGAAAAGUGAAGUGACUUUCCCAGGAAAAGUCCUCGAUUUAAAGGCGGACGAGCCCCGGGGGGGACUCGGGCCAGGUCCGCGUUUUACAGAGAUGGAAACUGAGGCCCCCCCCAGAGGACGGGGUAAGGCGGCCGGGGGGGGUCCCCACAGGCGGGAAGGGUGGGCGGCCUCCAGCCCCGCCCGGCCCCGACCCCGGUCCCCUCCCCCUCCCCUGGCGGGGCCGCACUCACUCACCGGGCUCCGCAGGGAGGGCAGCGGAGCCCCGGAGCGCGGGGCCCGGCCCCUCCCGAGGCCGCUCCUCCGGCGUCGCGGCCGCAGCCGCCGUCGCUGUCGCCGCCCGCGGCAGCCGGGAAACUUUCGCAGGUGCCCUCCCCGGGAGGCGCGGGCCGCGGCGGGCGCGGAGCAGAGGAGGAGAGAGCGAGGAGAGGAGCCCCCGCUGCCGCCGCCGUCCAGUCCCGAGCCAGCCCCAGCGACCCGGAUGGAGAUGGGGGAGGGAGAAGAGGAGAGGGAGGAGGGAGCGGGAGGGAGGGGCCGGGGCUGGCGGAAGUGA